AUGAAGGCUACUCCGUUGCUCGUCUCAUGGCAUAACGACAAUGCCCCUAUCUAUUCGGUGCAUUAUGACCCCAAUGGAAAGGGCCGUCUAGCUACUGCUGGCAAUGACAACAACGUUCGACUUUGGAAGGUGGAAUCUAUCGGAGAUGACCGAAAAGUCACCUAUCUAAGUACCUUAUUAAAGCAUACACAGGCAGUCAAUGUGGUUCGGUUCAGCCCGAAAGGUGAGAUGCUGGCAUCCGCCGGAGACGAUGGAAAUGUCCUGCUGUGGGUACCGUCGGAGCUGCAGACACAACCCGGGUUGGGUGAGGACCGCUCGGAUGACAAGGAGACAUGGCGCGUGAAGCACAUGUGUCGCUCGUCCGGCGCCGAGAUCUACGACCUGGCAUGGUCCCCUGAUGGUGUUUUCAUCAUUACAGGCAGCAUGGACAACAUCGCCCGGAUCUAUAAUGCUCAAACUGGGCAAAUGGUUCGACAGAUUGCAGAGCAUUCACACUACGUCCAAGGUGUAGCCUGGGAUCCGCUGAAUGAAUUUGUUGCAACUCAGUCAUCCGACAGAUCGGUUCAUAUCUAUUCCUUGAAAACCAAGGAUGGCCAAUUCACAUUGACACCACAUGGGAAGAUUCUUAAGAUGGAUCUCCCAGCCAAGCGUAUCUCCUCCAGCAGCCCUGCGCCUCCAGAUGUGACUAGCCGACCCCAGCAACCCACCGCCAAUUCCCUUGCGAUUGCAUCGCCUGCUCCCUCAACCCCGGGAACCCCAAUGGCUUCUAAUCUUCCCAUGGAUCCUCCUCCAGUGUCGCAUAGCCGACGGUCUUCGUUCGGCUCGUCUCCUUCAAUCCGGCGCUCUGCGUCUCCUGCCCCGUCUCUACCAUUACCCGCUGUGAAACCAAUGGAGACCUCCUCUCCAAGCCUUGUCGGUGGCCUUGGGGGUCUCAGUGGUUUGGGAGUAAAGAACACCAGUAUUUAUGCGAACGAGACGUUCACAUCUUUCUUCAGACGACUCACAUUUGCCCCCGACGGAAGUCUGUUGUUCACUCCAGCUGGACAAUUCAAGACUUCCCAUGUCUCUGCUACGGAUUCUGCGAAGACAACGGACGAGAUCAUCAACACAGUCUACGUCUACACACGGGCAGGGUUCAACAAGCCCCCAAUAUCCCACCUUCCAGGACACAAGAAGCCCUCAGUUGCGGUCAGAUGCUCUCCAAUCUUCUACACCUUAAAGGAUGGUAUCCAGCCCGCCAAAAACCUCACCCUUGACACGUCUUCUGGCGAAGAUUUGUUCCCAAAUCUUCCAGACCCUGUGGUCACUGCUGGCCAAUCCUCGACUAGCCAGCUCCAGAUGGAUCCCCCAUCUUCAGUGCCGGCUGAACCAUCGAAACCUCAACCAUCUCCAAAGACCACUGGAGAAGACGCAGCGCAAAACUCGGCUCCGGUCUUUGCGCUUCCGUAUCGAAUCGUAUAUGCUGUUGCCACCCAAGAUGCCAUUUUGGUGUAUGACACGCAGCAACAAACACCCUUGACUGUUGUCAGUAAUUUGCAUUUCGCUACAUUCACCGACCUCUCAUGGUCUCAUGAUGGCCUGACACUGCUCAUGAGUUCUUCGGAUGGAUUCUGUUCUGCUCUUUCAUUUGCCCCCGGGGAGCUCGGACAGAUAUACACCGGUCCAGUAGGGCCAAAUUCGACAACUCAAAACAACACAGCAUCCACAAAUCCCACCCCUCUGCCUACCCCAACGCAUGCACCAUCCCCAGCUAAGCCACACGCACCGUCACAUACUGCAGUUGCCGCACCUCCAGCUAGCCCCGCACGGUCGAACUCGGCCAAUUCAAUCGCCACCCAGUCGUCGCAACCACCACCUACCGGUGUGGUGAACAACCCUACUCUGACUGUGGGCUCCGUCCCACUGGUGACGGCAACGAAUUCCGCACAACUCCCAACGCUCCCCUUAACAACCCCACCCCAAACGCCAUCAAGUACUCAAGGUGGUGCUGUUCCUAGUGGCAGUGUGUUGGGCAAGCGCGAUGCAAGGACUGCCAGCGAAUCUGAAAAGGAGGAUAAGGAUGCAUCACAAUCCUCAACACAGCCGCAGAAAAAGCGCCGAGUUGCUCCAACCCUCAUCUCGUCCGGUACAGAUUCACAGCCUGGGAAGCCUUGA